AUGAUCAAGGCAAUCUUCUAUAGCAAAUUCGACACCCAGGAAGGCCCCAAGGUCGUCCAUCAAGUCCCCGAUGGCGCCAUUGUCCCCUCGUCAACAGCCGCCGCCCCGUUCUUCACCUUCUCCGACAUCUCGUUCUUCGUGAUCCCGCGACAAGAACUAUGCGGCAACCUGCUACAGGUCUGCACCGGCGGAUACCGCAUACUGGGGUACCCGAUCUGCAUGAAAUCAGCCGCCUACGACCGCAACGAAUUCAUCUUCAAUUUCUGCUUCGUGCUAGCCGAAGAAGAGGACUUUAGCAAAUACAAAAGCAUUGUGCAGAAGCUCGCUGAUCUGAUGCACGGGCUCGAAGAGCAGAGCUAUUUUCUCAGUCGCGAUCACUCCCGGAGCGGAGAAGGGAAAGUGUAUAGUCUGUGUGAGACGCUUAUGGAGGAUCUCAACAGCUAUAGCGAGUGUAUGAUUCCGAUCGACAAAUUGAAUACCCUGAACUUCAAGCUGUUCCCCGUCUAUCCUGCGCCUCCGCAUGUGAGAGCGUGGGAUGUGCCGCUGUUCACGGUUCGGUAUGAGGCAUUCCUGGACGAAAACUGGGAUCUGACGCUUCAAAAGAUCGUCCCUUAUAUCAAUGGCGUAAACAGCGUGCGCAUAAUCUCAAUCCUCGCCGACGUCGAACUCUCCCUCGCCUACAGAGCAAUUCGGCAUUUGAUAUACUAUGGAUGCGUCUUUCUUCUCGAUAUAUUCUCCUUUUCGGCCAUCUAUGCACCCACAGCCACUUUCCAUUCGAGUAUUGCAUGCGACGAGGGCAUGCAGCAAGAAUGCGCCCAUUACGUCAACACACGCUUUGCGCCGCGCACGGGGACAUCUUCUACGACCAUGGCAUCGUCCGUUCUACUACCUGACAGACUCGAAGAUACAAACGACAAUAUCUGGCCGCUCAUUGGCAGCGGCGAUGACGAAGAUGUCUCCGACAGUGACAGCAGCAGUUACCAUGGCAGACGAGGCGUGAAAGAUCGAGGCUCAAGAUCGUCAUCCCGACGACAUACACCAAAAAGGAAACAUCUCGACGGCGUCGGAAUAAUUGAGCUGUACGCUAGUCUGCGCCAGGGACAAAGCGUCAAGCAAUGGUACAUACUGCAUGAGCGCCAGCUAGCCAACGUCGACAUUCGACGAUUCAUUACCUUUGGUAUAAUCAAGGGCUUCCUCUACCGCGUGCACAAGUACGCAUACGGACCCCGUCCGGAGGGAUUAAAAUAUACGGGCUCAUCAGCUGAUAUGAAAUCAAUAACGAAAUCGGUGUCCGUUUCUUCCGUGAAAGGGGUUGGCAGUACUGGCGAUUUCAGCAGAGAAAGUUCCUUCCGACCUGAUCAAACCAUAUCAGGCUCAUAUCAAAGUACCAACAACAGCAACAAAACCCAUAACAUCCGCAUCCGACUUGAAGCAUCAUCCGCUAAUUCUUACGAGAAAAGCAACAACAAUAAUCACGAUGACGACGAUGACGACGACGGCGACGACCUACACCACACCAACAACCACGGUAACGACAGCAACGAAGAAAGCAACGAAGAAGAAUCCUUACUAGAAGAUGACGAGGAACAAGAAGAAGGCGAAGAAGGCGGAUCACGAACAGCGCAGGAAGCCAUCCGAUUUCAUCAGAAUUGCAAAGCUCUAGAGAAAUAUUUAGAUGGCCAGCAUUGUUUUGAUGAAAUAUGUACCGAGUUGGAGAUAAGCGAGCGCGAGCUGACGGCCAAGUUGAGGAAAAUUCCUUGGAAUGUGCAUAUAAUUCAUCGAUAA